UGGACAAUCUACUUGAACCAAAGCAACCAUUCCCUUUGUUUUCCUCAUAUGACUUAAAACAUUCUUACAAUGACAAACCACAACUUUGAACUUGAUUGCAAGAGAAUUCAUGAUUCUUUGGGGGGUAUGAGUCAACUGAUUCCAUCUCUGGCUCGCUUAACCCACCUUGAAAGACAACAACUAAGGGAGACCUUUAAGGAAUUGUAUGGAGAAGACUUGAUAAGACACUUUGAAAGAUAUGAAGAGGUGUUCUCCUCUUCUUCUUCUUCCAUGAACUGUUCUGCUUUGUCCUUGUGGAUGCUUGACCCACAUGACAGAGAUGCUGUUGUUGCUAGAGAAGCUCUUCAACAACAUGAGACUAAUUUCAAGGCUCUUGUGGAAAUUUUGGUGGGUAGAAAAUCAAGUCAUGUUCUUCUCAUCACACAGGCCUACCAGAAAAUGUUUAGAAGGCCGUUGGACCAAGAUAUUAUCAAUUUAGAUCCUCCACACCCAUUUCAAAAGAUUCUUGUGGCAUUGGCUGCAUCACAUAAAGCUCACCAAGCAGAUGUCAACCAUCACAUAUCUAAGUGUGAUGCUAGGAGGCUCUAUGAAACUGGGGAGGGAAGCUUAGGAGCUGUAGAUGAAGCUGUUGUAUUAGAGAUUUUAAGCAAGAGGAGCAUUCCCCAACUGAAGCUAACCUUUUGUAGUUAUAAACACAUUUAUGGACAUGACUACACAAAGUCUAUAAAAGGAGGGAAAUAUGGCCAAUUUAGUAAAGCUCUAAUGAUGGUUGUGAAAUGUAUUUGUAAUCCAGCACUCUAUUAUGCAAAGACACUGUACAGAAGCAUCAAAGGGGUAACAAGGGACACAAGAAUUUUGGCAAGAGCAUUGGUUAGCAGGGCUGAGAUAGACAUUGAUGAAAUUAGAAGGGUUUUCAAGGAAAAGUAUGAGAAGGAACUUGCUGAUUCUAUACGUGAAGGAUUUCCAUCUAGUGACUACAGAGACUUUCUAAUUGCCUUGGCUAAAAGAUCUAAGUAGCCUUGUUGCAUCUGAUUUUAGCUUGUAUUGCAACAAAACUUGUUGAGAAUAGUAUAAAUUCAUAUUAACUUUUUGAGUUUCUUUUGUGGUUGACAUGAAUUGAAAGAAACUUGAUUAGCUUAAUAUCCAUUUUUAUAAUGCGACAAUGUAAAAAAAUGAUGUAUCUUUGAUGAAGCAAAAGCAACUCUAUGUAAACUACAUAGCAACUUUUGUUA